AAACAUCGAACGCACUAGACGUGUUUUGGAAUUAGUUAAACGGUGGAUUGUCUUCAUUAACAUUAGCACACAAUGGCACUUAUUAUACUAUUUAUUGAUAAAAAUGACCAUAGUGUGCCUACUUUGUACGAAUAUGAUACAAUUGACGGAUUAGUCGAAGGAAUAUGCGAUAUGUAUGAAUGCGAGUUUAUUGAUAAUAAUCCGACAUAUGAAGCUCUCGUGUACGAAAUGGAGGUUCUCUUCAAUUUUGUUGAUAACUUGCGGGAAAUUUUGGUUUUAAAGCUCAAUGAGACCACCAACUUAUAUUGGACACAUGGCAGGGACUGGAUUAAAACUCAAAUUGAAGCAUAUAUGCUUCGUAAGGCUGGCUAUAAUGUUAUAGUAGAUGACGCCGCUACUCCAACUGAAUAG